AUGGAUAUUGAAGAAAUACGAGAUUCAUUGAUGAAUCUGAAAAUCGACAUAAAUGAAGAAUUUGAUGUAGAAGACGAAAACAGAUGUAGAGAAACGAAGUAUCUAAUGUCAGCAAUGAAUUCCAAGAAUGUUAUGUUUGGUUGUGAUUUUAUUGCUGAUGAGAAAAUCAAGACAUUUGAGUGGUUGUUAUCCACAUUCAAGAAAUCAAUGGGUCGAAGUGAACCUGCCUCUAUAUUCACUGAUCAAGACAUGGCUAUGUCUAAAGCAAUUGAAAAGACAUGCUGGAAUGAUAUGAUAGAGAAAUAUAAGCUACAAAACAACAGAUGGUUUAAAAGGUUGUACAAUUUGAGGGAAAAAUGGUGUACAACUUUAAGUAAGGAUUUCUUUUCAGCUGGUAUACUAUCAUCACAGAGAAGUGAAAGUACCAAUAAUGCAGUUAGGUUUAAGGCCAACAAAAACACAAGCCUAACUGAUUUCUUCAAAAUAUUCAAUCAGACAGUGAAAAGGUGGAGGAAGAAUGAGUCUGAUGCUGAUUUCAAGUGUUCAAACUCCCAGCCAAGUUCAAAUUUGCCAUUUUUUGAGUUACUAAAACAUGCAUCUGAAGUUUAUACACAGACUAUAUUCAGAUACUUUGAGACAAAAUUUCUGUACUCAAUUGGAUGCUUAACUCGUCUCCAUUCUAUAAUGGGAAAUUUUUACUUUUAUGAGGUGCAGAUUGAGUACGAUGAAUUAACUAAGCAGAAGGUUACAUAUAACUAUGCUGAAAAUACAAUAGCAUGUUCUUGCAAGAAUUUUGAAGAGGUUGGUUGGCUGUGUUAUCACUGUAUAAAGAUCUUGCAGAAUCAUAAUGUGACAAGGAUACCUACCUAUUACAUUCUUACAAGAUGGACCAAAAUAGCAAAAGAACAUGUCUGGACGAAAAGAGAUGAAAUGGCAGUUGAAAAUGAAACUCAGACACAAAAAUUCAUGCCUUGGCGUCACAUGAUGGCAAGAAAAAGCUAUAGCCUAGUUCUAAAAUGUCAAGAACACAAAGAGACACGCAACUUGAUGGAAGCAUAUUUGAAAAUGAUAGAAGAGAAGGAAGAAGAAUUUAUAAAGGAGUUGGAAAAGAGAACAGAGAGAAGGAAACUUUAUCUGACCAACAGGCAACUUCAUCUGAUUAGCCAGCAACUGCAUCUAAUCAGUAAGCAGAUUCAUGUGAUCACCAGCAAAAUCAAGAAGAAAUCCCUACAGCCAUGGAUCUAG